GCUCAUCCUUCGAAGCUACAAGACAAUAAAGUUCGGAGUCAUCCUUCAGGAGUGCGUCCUUUGCUUUCCAUCUUCCCUUCUGCGCUUCUCUAAUCUUGUAUUCUUAUGUUCAUUCUAUCUCUUUCCUAAGCAUAAUCAUUACCUCUGGGUUUGUCCCAUCUUCCAACACGUGCCAUUAACUUGAGUUUACGUGAUUUCUUUCGCGAGACGUGCAAUAAUGGCGGGGCUUCAACCUACUGUUAUCUGGCUCAAUGCUUUUCUCAUGGCUCUUACCUUCACUGCACUCUGUGCGCGGGUAGGGCGAAGAAUAUUCGUUGUUCGGACAUUCAACUGGCAUGAUGGAUUGAUUUUGCUGGCUGCCAUCUCAGCCUUCAUCUUCUCCAUCUGCCAGAUAGUCGGCACAUCGCUCGGUCUAGGCCAACACCAAGAUCUCGUCGACCCCAACGACAUGACCAAGCUCUACAAACUCAUCCUCGCCUCAAACACCUUCUACUUCCUCUGCAACUGGGCCGUCAAACACGCCCUCCUCCUCUUCUACUCCGAACUCGUCCGCGAAAAGUCCUACACCUACAGCAUAUUCUUCAUGCACUUCGUCGCGCUUGGUUUCGGCCUGUCCUCCAUCCUAGUAAACAUCUUCCAAUGUACACCCGUGGCUCGAGCCUGGGAUCCAAAUGUGCCAGGAUGGUGUGUCAAUUUCGACCUGUUUCUCAGGUUUAACGCGCCGAUCAUGUUGGCUACGGACUUGGUGUUGUAUGCGAUGCCGGUGGUAUUUACGUGGAAUUUGCAGUUGAGGAGGCAGCAGAGGAUUGGGCUGAAUUUCUUGUUCAGUUUGGGUGGGCUCGUCCUCGCCGCAUCCACAGUCCGCAUCUACUCCAUCCACAAAGUCGCCACGGAGCCCGACUUCACCUGGUGGUUCGCCCACGCCAUGAUCUGGUCCGUCCUAGAAAACCACCUCGCCAUCGCCGUCGCCUGCGCCCCCUCCGUCAAAGUCAUCGCCCUCCUCCUCUUCCCGCGCCUCGCCUCUUCCCUCUCCAAACUCGUCUCCUCGGCUACUACCCGCAGCCGCUCGCGGUCCCGCUCGGCACCCAGCGGUGCGAGUUACGCAACCGAUGACCUCGAGUCCGGCACUGCGGGGCUGGGCAAGGGAAGUCGAAAGGGUUCCGGCGCAAGUGGGAAAGAUGUGUAUGCCAUGUCCUCCUCACCUGCCACUGGGGAGCAUGGAAGGGACGCGAAGUUGAAACUUACGCCGGUUUCUACGCCGAUGCCGUCGCCGGCGCUGAGCCAGGCGUCGCGCACGAGUAGGAAUUUUGCUCGCUGGUUUAAUAGCCCGUUGUCGCCGCGUAGUCCCAGGUCUCCCCGUUGGCCUGGAGGUGCAGCAUUGCACAGUACGGAUAGUAUGGAAGGCGGACUGGUGGGUGUUGACGAGGAGGGUACGGAGGCGAUGAGCCCCGGGAGCUGGAAGGAGGAGAAUGUUAGGAUGGAGACGUGGAGAGGGAAUGGUGGUGGGGAGAAUGAUAUUCGUGUUGAGCAUACAAUCACGGUAGAGGAGAGGGAGAGGGGAGGGAGUUAUGACAGGGAAGCUGCAAAGGGACUGGGUAGGGCGCUGUGAAGAGGCAAACGUUUUGCGGUUCAACGUAGGAGGGACAAAAGGUCUUCAAGAGGGCGCCGAGCUUAGAUACCA